UUUAACGAGAAGGGCAGGAAGAUAGACGCCGGUGUUCCGACCCGCUACAAGGUGCAGAUCGUUUUGGCCAUCAUCUUCACCCUUUUGUUCACAAUCGAGUGCGUAAUGAAGAUCAUCGCCUUGACCUUCAAUGGGUACUGGCAGUCAAAGCGGAACCGGUUCGACAUGCUCGUCUCCAUUCUGGGCUUAGGCUGGAUUAUAAUGCACUUCAGUAUGAGACCCACUCCAGUAGGUUUCCAUUGGUGCAUUUUUGCUUUAUUGUUUGCAGGCUAA